AAAAUAACAUGCCUUUAAAAUUGCAAAACUUUCAACAAAUAAUUAUAUUAUAAAAAUUUUAGUUCUUUAACAUUUUGUAUACAAAAGUAAACAUUUAAUUUCGCUUAAAUUACUUCCUUAAAAAAUGUCUGAACUGAAAAAUGAACUUUAACUGACAACAAUUUGUAAAAGAAUGUUUACUUGAAGUUUUGCUUUUGUUUCUAAAAUAAAUUUUCUUCACCUUUAACAUUAGGUAUUAAAGAAAAACUCUUAAAAAGAAAAAUUUUGUUCAACACAACAAUUUUCGGGCUAAAAUGACCUUGUUAUCUAUCGAAAAUCUGAAAAAAAAGUUCUGUAAAACUCUUAAAUAAACCAAAAGAAUUAAAAGACUCUUAAAAAACAUUUUCACAUAAAAGAGAUUUUUAAAAUGUUUAUAUUAUUCUUAAAAACAAUCUAAUGAAAGAGUUAAAUUUUCAUAAUUUUUGAAGAGCCUUACUCUUUGAAUUUUCUUUUUUGAAAAACUAUUUUGCUCGUUUUUAAAAAACAGCAGUUUCUUAAUGAGAGUGUAAAUUUUUGCCAAUUUAUAAAAAUUUUUGAAAACAGAAACAAAUAUUUUUGGUAUUAUUUAGUAUUGUGUAAAACGUGUCCAAAUUCGUAAACGAUAUAAAUUUUUGCGGUUUUAUUUAAAAUAAAAAAUCAAAAUAAAAAAUAGAAACAAGCAAAAUUUGAUAUUAAAUUUUAAAUAAAAAAAAUAUUCCAACACAAAAAUUUCUCAAAAAAAGUCAUACUAAAAUAAAAAUUAUUUAAAAAAAAUUAAACAGUUUAUUAUGAUUUUCAUGGCGGAAAUUGUGUCGUGUCACUUAUAAGUGUAAUCAAAAGAAAAUAUGUACAAAUUUUGACAACCAAAAUACCAAAAGCAUUAAAAGAAAAUUGCAAUUUAAAUAGUUAAAAUUGUGAAUCAUCUUAAAUUUAUAUAAAGAAAAAUUACCAAAUACUUAAUUUAAAAUUGCAAUUUAGUUUUAAAUAUAAUUCAAAAAAUAAAAUGCAAAUUUUGAGUUAAAUUUUAAAACAAAACAAAAGAUCGCGAGAAAGAGGAAGAGAGUGAGAGUAAUUAUAAUUAUAGAAACAAAUAAACAAAAACAAAAUCUAAAGCAAUAUGGCUACAACAUUUCUGAAUCGUUUUCAACGGGAUAAAAGUGAAAAACAAUCUCUCUUAAAUAAAGAACAACAGCAACAACAAAAGCGUUCUACUACAGAUUUUGAAGCGGAUACCGGAAAUCAACAAAACAAAUCGAAUGAAGAGAAUCGUAAUGGCAACGAAGAGAACAACAACACAAAUCCAAAACAAAGAAGACGUCGAUCAUAUGUUUUUGCCACUCUUAAAGAUGUUAUAGCAUUGGCAAAUAAUGAAGAUGCUGCUGCUCCAACAGCACCCACCAAUAAUAGCGGCAGCAGUUCUAGUAAUAAUAAUAAAAUUAAAGAUGCAAAACAAAACGAAGAAAAUGAUCAACAGAAAAAAGAAAUAAAGAAGGAUAAAACAGAUGGGGAGGAAACAAAGCAACAGCAGUCGCAAACGACGCAGCAACAGAAUCAACAACCAAGACAACAGAGACGUUAUAUGCGUAGUGCUACGGCGGCUAGUGUAACACAAUUGUUGUCGGAUGGUUGUAAUAAUCUAUUGCAAAGAUUUCGUCGUAAUCCGAGCGAACGACCUGAACAAAAAUCUCAUACACAGCAACUACGAGAACGGGAACGUGAACGCGAAAAACAGCAACAACAGAAAUCAAAUCGGUAAAUGUUGCUCACACAAAUCAAACGGAAAAUAAUUUUUUUUAAGAAAAUUUAAUAAAACAAAAACUCGUGAUUUGAAAUCAGUUAUUUUACGUGAAAAACGCAGUAAAAGUAAAACACCCUCAAAUAAAAAGCAUCGCAACUCUAAAUUAUUUUCAAAAGAUAAAGACGAUCAUAGAGAUAAUAAUUUUCAACGUUCUUCGAAAAC